GCUUCUAAAUUGACUAGAUUUGAGAUGGCUCUUUAGAGUACUUCACAUCAAACAGAACUUUUACUCAAAAAUGUUAAAUUUCAGUAAAAGUUCAAGUAUGGGUUGAAGAUGGACCCAUUGAGUGGAUUAGUUGUCUCGAGGUGUUGUAUUAGCACUAUCUUGGGGCAAGGGUUUGAAAAAGGUUUUAAUCCUAUGACUUUCUUCUUCUAAGGGCCUCAGCAAGUCAAUUCAAAAAUACAUCGUCGCAUACAGCCUUGAGCUAGUGGCAAUUCCUUCCUCAGGUCAUUCAAUUGAAUAAAAUUAGUCACAAAAGCUGGACAUCUUAAAGUCAUUCUAAAAAAAAAAAAACUCAAGUCCAAAUUUUAAAUCCCUGUUAAAGUCUAAAUCUUGUCAAUUUAUCUUCUGAACUUAUUUUGAACACAGAGAUAAAAGAAGACUCUUAAGUUUUAAAAGACAGCUGAACUGCUGCAGACCUUAAGACAUCAUGCCUCUACAUCUGUUCUUUAUCAACACUACAUGAUAAUGAUUUUCAGUUUCUAUUUAACAAAUUAUCCAGCUAUUGAUGAAUGUGAUUUCCUUCAUAGAGCUCAGGAAAUUACGUUUGCCAAUGUGUAGCCUAAAAUAAUUAUCGUGAUGCCGCUGGAACUGCUGAAUCUCUAAAGAAGUGUGCAGUUAGUCUUCUGGUGGAUAAGUAAUGUAACAAAGAUAAAUAUGCUUGGGGAGCUGACCUCUUGAUUUGUGGGGAUAGUUAGUAACAUGAUGGAAACGGGUGGCGCAGGAUCUACCCAGAAAAAAUUGACAAUGAGUUGCUCUACUCCAGACAUAAUCAGUAAUCUUCCAUACAAUGUCCUAGAUAACAUCUUGGUAUGUUUGACGAUACAGGAUGCAGCAAGGACAAGUGUUUUGUCAAGGAAAUGGAGGUAUAGGUGGACCACACUUCCCCAACUUGUAUUUAAUGAUGAGUUCUGCAGAGGAUCAGUAGUGAGGGCAACAACAGAUAAACUUAUGUUGACUAUUUAUAAAGUUCUGCUACUCCAUCAGGGACCAUUACUGAAGUUCACUCUAUCCUUAGCAGAUUUGAAAAGUUGUCCUGAAAUUGACCCGUUGAUAUUUUUCGUGUCAAAGACUGGCAUCAGAGAAUUCAAGCUUUACAUUCGGAAGGGUGAAGUUGAACGUUACAAAUUGCCAUCAACUCUAUUUUCGUGCCUACAACUUGAGCAUUUGAAUCUCCGUUCUUGUGUGUUUAAACCUCCUCCUGGGUUUAAAGCAUUUACCGGGCUCCUUUCCCUUGUGCUUUAUGAAGUUUCCAUUUCUGGUGACGUACUUUCAAGUCUGACCUCCAAUUGCCCACUACUUGAAUCGUUGAAACUUCGUAGCCCCACCAGUUUGAAUUACCUUGAAAUUGUGGCUCCUAAUAUUAAAUACCUUUGGUGUGAAUGCCUUUUCAAAUCUUUUCACGUCAAAAUUCCUCAUGGUGCGGGUGUCUCAGUAUUUUGGAAAGGAUGGAGGAAUCAUUUAGGAUUUAAUGAAGGAGAAAUAUCCAACUCUGCCAUGCUUCUUUGUAGUAUACCGGUGGUUGUGGGUCUGGCAUUAGACUAUCAUUAUGUGAAGUGCAUGGCUGCUAGUGGCAUCCGAGAAAGGCUUCCGACUACUUUGGACCACCUCAUGUAUCUCCAGUUGAAUGAUGUCUGUUUUGGGGAACCAGAUGAGGUCUCCACUGUUAGUUACUUUAUCAGAAGCUCCCCAAACUUGAAAGCACUUCAUAUUCUUGCAUUCCACCGUGCAACUGCCGCUAUUGAUCCUGUUGUAGAACUUUUUGACGGGGAAGGCUGGUCAGAUGUCUCCUUAAAUAGGCUUCGGUUUGUGCAGCUGGGAGAGGUGUCUGGCACAAAGGUUGAAAGGGAGUUCAUUAGGCUUCUGUUAGCCAAAUCUCCCAUGCUGGAGACCAUGCUUAUCAGGCUGAAGUCGAAGGAGGUUGCUGAAAGAUUGAGGAUUGUGGAAGAGUUGACAGGAUUUCGACGUGCGUCAGCUCAAGCAGUAAUCACUUUCUCAAAGUAAAGGCAUAUGAAGACCAAGUUGAACAGCUUACCUCCUGGGGCUACUUUUCUUUCGGUUGGCUUUUAUGGAUUCUCGUGUUUAGCUGGAUGUUUGCUGCUCUCACUGUUUGAACUCUGGGUCUUGGUACUCUUUUGGAACCUUGCUGCUCAUGGAAAUUGUUGGCUAAUGUAAUGAAGGUCUUUCUGUGCUUUAUUUUCUGCAAUUCUUAUGCAGUCUUUUUCCGUUUCUUCUAAUCACAUUACUUUUGCGAUCAUGUACACAUCCUAGAAGGAUACAAUUGAGGCCUGGCAGUACUGCCUACUCAAUGAAUACCCGCACAAACUUGAAGGAUACAAUAGAGGGUCUGUGAAAGGACAUGUUAUUGCCUCAAAGGGUUGAGUAGUCUGAGUUUUGAAGGAGUUGACAUUCCUUUGGCCUCUCUUCUCUUGAUAUUCCUUCCACUCGCUGUAUGAGAAACAUAUAUACUCGAUUGUUAUGCAUAACGGACACGAGUGUCUAAUUGUCCC